AAAUACUGGUGCGCAUUGACAUUAGACAGAGAGCUGAAUUAUCUUUACACUCAUCUGAUGGUCAUCAUCAAGCAGGAGCUGAGCUUGACUAAGUAUGAAGGAGACGACGUGUCCAUCCAGUGCAGACAUCAUGAUGGAGAUCAGAAAAGCUUCUGCAAAGCACAUGAAGCCUCCACGUGUGUGAAGGAUGGAGAUUCAUUGGAGACCAUCAGAGAUGCUCGAUUCUCUAUCAGUGAUGAAGCGUCUGCUGGAGUCUUUACUGUCAACAUCACUGAUCUGAGAGCAGACGACUCUGGAGUUUACUGGUGUGGAGCUCAUGCUGUCACUAAAGUCAACCUCAGGGUAAAAAAGGGUAAGAUAAGAGCACACUACAUCUAA